AUGUCAACGCCACACCGUUCGUACGAAAUUCAGAAGAAUGAGACCGAGAAGGUCUCAAUCAAGAUAGCCGAAGCCCGCUGCGAGGCUGAGAAUCUACCCCUGACGACAUGGGCAUCGUCUUUCGUGCUGUCAGAUACACUGUACAGCCUGAAAGUUGACGCUGCGAAAUUGCGAGACACCGCUCAGGAGGAAUACUCCAUUCUGGAACUCGGUGCUGGCACGGGCCUCACCGGGCUCAGCGCCGCAGUGAUCUGGGGCGGAAAUGCAUUGCUAACUGAGCUUCCUGGCAUUGUACCGGGUCUACAAAUGAACAUUAACCUUAACGAGGAUAUGCUCAAAGCUGGGAACAUAAAGGCUGCUUGUGGUGCACUGGACUGGAAUUCUCCGGAAGUGGUUCAUAUUAGUCAACCAGACGGGACGACGAAGUCUGUGAGCACCAAGGACGGCUUCUCGAUCAUCCUUGCCGCUGACACUAUGUACACCGAGGAUCAUCCUGAGUUGCUCUCGGAUUCUAUUGCGAAAUGCCUGCGACGAGCGCCUCAUGCCAGAGCCAUUAUUUGUCAUCCUUUGAGGGUAGCAUAUUUGGACCACAUUAGAGAAUUCUGGGAGAAAAUGGAGCUUCUGGGGCUAGUGGUUGAUGAAGAGGGCCGAAAAGAGCUCGAUUUGACCAACUGGGAUGAUGAACGGUUGCAGGAAUGGAGCAGUUGGAAGUGGAAAUCUCUAUAG